AAGUCUGAACUUAAUAAACCAGAGACCCAAAACAACUAAAUCCAAACUGGCCUGACCUCUUUGCUAGGAAUUGUAACGGGAACAAUGACAACGACCUAUUCAUAAAUUGGAGACCAAGUACUUGCACUGACCAAAAUACUACUUGGAUAUAGAGCUUGAGCUAAUUCAAAGAAUUUUGAAUCCCAAAUGAAUCCAACAGAAAAAGUUGGAGAUUUAUUUGAACAAAGAAGGCUAAAUUGCUGCCUGUGAACAUGCAAAGACUCUUGGACACCAGCUUCACACCGUGACUUGAGGAGAGCUAGGGCUGCAGCAUCGAACAAGGUCCCAACAAGUAUCGGUGCAACCAAGGUCGUCUGUCUUGUUCUACCUUGGUUCUAGGGCAAGCUCAACAGCAUUGCACUCUGUGUACUAACAUCAAGUUUUUCAAUUGUUAGCCUUGUUGUGAAUGUUGAGAAGGGGAUUACAGCUAAGGAUGUCAAUGCUGCCUUUAGAAAGGCAGCUGAGGAGCCAUUGAAGGCAUAUUGACCAUCUGUGAUGUUCCUUUUGUGUUAAUGGACUUCAGGUGCAGCGAUGUUUCUUCUACCAUUGACACUUCACUAACCAUGGUAAUGGGAGACGACAUGGUUAAGGUGGUGGCUUGGUAUGACAUUACUAAUAGUAAUAUGAUGGAUAUUUGUAGCCAAAGGGUAGUUGAUUUGGCACAUCUUGUAGCAAGCAAGUGGCCUGGCAUGCCUGCUGCACGAAGUGGUGAUCCCUUUGACGAUUUCUGCAAGACAAACCUUGUUGAUGAAGAAUGCAAAGUUCAUUAAGCGUAGAUCAUAUGAGUUUUCUUGUCAAGAUGAAUGCUACAAUGACUAGGUUUUUGCAAAUGCUUAUUUUGUAAUGAUAGUUGCUUCAUCAUGAACAUGAUAAUCUUUUGAUAUAGCCAAAGCUAAUAAUGAGAUUGUUUCUAAUUCUAUUGCCUUUACCUCUCAAAAUAUAUACAAGAUUAAUGAAUCCAUAUUCCAAUU